GCCGCGGCGUCGCCCUGAGCGCAUUCUUGUUUCAGAGCGAUUUCAGCGGGCCACAGAGACUGCACAUUCCUCUGUAGGCGCGGCGGACUUUCCCGAGCUGCAGGUUGUUUCGUGUGAGUGGGAAAAAAAAGAAAGAAGUGUUUCGACUCCGUGUCAGUGGGCUAAUGACGCUGUUUACAGACUCGUGCGGCUGGAGCUACUAGCUGUUAGCCGCAGGUGCGGAGGAGGAAAGGGGACACGAUGGGAAAUGGACCGCGGGACGAAAUCAGUGCUCGUUUUCAGAGAGAGUGACAGUCUGAUCUGAGGUAAGGAGUUGUCUCACUUUCUGUUUGCAACUUUUAAACUCACUGUCUCUUACUGUCCUGACAGACGGAGUUAAUUCAUAUGCAUGUGAGUUUUACAAAGAUACUGUAACCGACAGAGCUCCUGCUUCACUGUCUUAAAUGAAACACAAAUCUUAUGUCAGACUCUUUAACCCUGGAACACUAUCGCUAAAAUUAGUAACACUACUGAUUUUUACUCAAGAAAAAGUACUUGUCAUCAAAAUAGGACAAAACAUGACAAAUUAAAGUAGUUUUCUUUUUUUAACUGUGCAAUGUCCAAAGUGCCAUGAGGGGACCAUAAAAAAUGCAACAAAAUAACCUAAAUUAGGCAUUCAUGAACAAAAAAUUACAAAUAUAUAUAUAUUUAUAUGAACUGUCAACUUAGUUUCUCUUCCACCCAUUCCUGGGGCAUGUGGGUCUCUCCUGGUGAAGACUCAGGGUCUUUGGCACAAUAACAGCUGUAGCAGAGAGAACCUACAUAUGGCAUAUUUUGAAUGAGUAAAAAUGACCAGCUGACUAAAAUAUUUCUUAUCACCAUAUGAAUUCCCUUGAAAAUCACUACUGCGCCAAAUUAAGACAGCAUGUAAAUUCCAGGACCACUCUAACUGACUUUAUUCCCUACAUGCAGCUAUCAAAUCCACCCAAACCUACUUUACCCUCUUUCACCAUUGCCGGGUAAAAAUCACCCGAACACGUGCCUGUUUUGCAGGUUUUGGAUCAGUGAAACAAAUAUGCCUUUAAAGAUGUCAAAGGCAAUGCUGAAGCUACCCAGAGACCCAUGAUACUCAGACAAACAAAACAUAAUGAAAAUCACCCGGUGAUAGUGUUCGAGGGUUGACAUCCUGGGGGCCAAAAGUGUGGUUGUUCUCAUCAACUUAAGUUAAAACAAAGUGUGAUUUAAGUGGAGACUGGGUAACUUAACAAGAAGUGUAAUGUCGCCUCAAAACAGCUGACUAUUCAUCAACAGUGCACAUUUCAGAGGUUUUGUGGCCAUGGCGGGCUGCUGGGAGAUGUGCCGCCGCACCUGCAUGUGCUGUCUGUCCGAGGAGGAGAAGAGGUCCAUCGCUGUAGACAAAGAAAUCAAGAGGAUCCUUAAGCAGCAGAAGAAGAAGGAGAGAAAGGAAAUUAAAGUCCUCCUGCUGGGUCAGUGUCUGCACACACCACGUUACACACACACACACACACACACACACACACACACACACACACACACACACACACACACUGUUUGUUCCUCUGUCACAUUAAUGAAGGCACUCAGAUGUCAGAUAUACUAAUUAAACAAACACAACAAAUUAAACAUUAACCAUGGUUUACAGUGAAAUCCCAGAGAGAGAGAAUCUUGCUUACUGAUAUAAACUGCUUGGCCUGUUUGGUAGCCUACAGUCAGAAGAGACAACUAUGUAAAGCAUGUCACUUUGUGAGUAUGUAAAGAAUGAGCCAGAUUGGGAUUGGUUAUACCUGAAAACCACAGUGACACCAGGCAUUCUUUACAGCUGGUUUGAUCACUUUGAAAGCAACUGUUUCAUGUUGUUAGGCAAGUGGAGAAUAUCUGUUAGUGCUAACACCUGAUUAUGAGGGAAAACCGUUGAAGAUACCCAUGAAAAUAUUGAAUCAACUUAAGAAAUAUCAAAGCAAAUAGACCCAGAAUCACAUCUAAAUGGUCAAGGUUGCUGCUCUUCUACCAGAUUUGAUGUACAGUAUCAUUUUAAUGUUGGUUAAACAAGAUAAAGAGCAAAUUUAAGCUUGUACUUUAGUCUUGAAAGAGUCCGCUGUGGGAUUUUUGCUAUAUUUAAAAAUGUAUGAUUGUAGCAGCUUGACUGAAACUGUCGAAUUGACUGAGCCAAUCAUGAACCUUUUUUUUUUUUUAAUCUUUUAUCGAUCUAUAGAUUUGUUGAUGGUACUGUCAGCUUUGGAAAGAAUUUUUUUAGUUAUUUAAUUAUCUCAUUCUUGAGAUACACAACCAAAAGCUAGAUCGAGCGAAUACUGGUGUGUCAAAGGAAUCAUUAAUCGUCAAUGUAAUAUUUAUUUAUUCAUUGGACAGUUGAUCUAUCACUGAUUUCUGUCAAUCACAUCCUGACAUUAGACAGCUGUUCUGCCGUUAUCCUGCUGUCAUUUUAUUGAGCAAUCAACCACGUUUAACACUUCCUCGAGUUGGGCCACAAUUUGACACGUGCUUUGUGUUUAUCAGGUAUAAUGUUUUGUAGAGCCUCUUAUCAGAUAGACAAUUAAAAAUGCAUCAUGAUUUCAGGCGUUUAAAACCUCUGCUUAACAACUAUCCUGUAGGACACUCUGCUUUUAUACGCAGAGACAGUAAAAGAUAAUAUUGACACACUGCCUCCUGUGACUUCCUCUUUUACUGUGUGAUAAAAACAAAUGAUGAUGUUGGGAAUAUGGCCAUCAAUUAAACCGGCACUUGUACACAACUAAGUCUCUUUGAGGAGAUGUGUCAUCUUCAUGUGUGUGGAGCAAUAAAGAGACUGAAAGCUGUUUAGUGUGGUGGAAAAACACCUGAAUCAAUUGUGUCAUUUAAUCACUGUGUUCCUCUGUUGUGGUUUGUGGUUUACACCCAUAUCUGCUUUUAUAGUAGAUAAUUUGGACAAUAAAAUUCCCUGUGCUGUAUCGAUAAAUUUGGAUGUCUUCCCAAGUGACUUUUCUCAUAGUCAUUCAAACAGAUAUGGAUAUGAAGUUACUGAGCGGCCUAAAAGGUCAGAAAACAGUCCGAAUUUAGGUUAAGUUAACAUGGCCAAACACAGGCUCUGCAGGUACACAGCGUUAGUUUGUUGAUGGUGAAAGUUGGCACAGCAAGCACCACCAGCCUUCACCUUGCUUUGCUGGUGUCAUCCACAUACUUGCUUCAGUCCAGGCCAGUAGUUACAUGACAGUUUAACCCGACAAACAACUGCCGAGUGGUGGAGUAUCACAGCAUUGUGGCAGUAGAUACUUACCACAACUACAGCCUGGCUAGUGGAGGUGACUUUGCUAAAGCUUAGACACUUUGUUUAAUCAGCAUUUGACCAACAAUGAUAAAACUAUGAACUGUUUGUUUAGCUGAAUAAUUCUGCUGAUGACUACUUGCAAGGGAGCUGAUGUUUGAUUGUUUAGUUGACUAAACAAGCUAUAAAAAGAUUACAAGUCACAUGAGAGUAAAAGUUCUGUUUAAAUAUGUUUCCUGGUGACCAUAUGACCGAAAGUUUCCUCUUAAUGUUGACACAAAGUUGGGGGAUUUCCAGAAAGGAGGGAAUGUCUUAAAAUGAGGAUGACACCGUGUUUUAGCCUGUUAAUGCUAAUGCUAGGAGGAAGAUGUUACACUGAGGUCAUGACCCAAAGCACUUUUAUUUCUUUCUCAGUCAAAUCAGUAAAUACAGGGCUGUAUUAACUGUUAUUUCAACCUUUCUGUCUCAGGAACUGGCGAGAGCGGAAAAACCACCUUCAUCCGUCAGAUGAGGAUAAUCCACGGACGAGGCUUUUCAGAAGAGGAGAGGAGGGCUUUUGCCAAAUGCAUCUUUCAGAAUAUCUUAACAGCCAUGAAGGCCAUGACGGGAGCCAUGACAACACUUAAAAUCCCGUACUCAAACCCAGAGAAUGAGGUAGAGCCGCAACUACACUGACCUUGACCCAGAGAAAUGCACUUUUAGUUAAACACAUGUCAAUACGGGUGUAGGAUUAUGCCCACAUAAAACAAGAGAUAUCAAAUGCACCCAAGCAGAAACACACACAGCAUGUUGUAGUCUAUUACAAGACACUGGCGGCACCAACAUAAACACUCUUAAUCCUCGAUUAAGCCAGAUGUCAGAGAUGACACGCGAGUUUCACAGACUCAUAAUAGUCUGAAACACCAGACUUUCACAAUGACACCAAAUCUUACGCUGCCUCUGCCUGUCCCUCAGAUCUACGCAAAGUGGCUGCAGGAUGUAAACACAGUGCAGGUCACCACACUGGAUCGGCGCUACAUCGAUGCAAUCCGCUGCCUCUGGGCAGACCCGGGCAUCAGGGUUUGUUACAGCCGCCGCUGCGAGUACCAGCUCCUGGACUCUACAGAGUAGUAAGUGCUUUUAUUUCAGCUAUCAUGUGCCACACCCUCUGUGUGAGAGUUUGUCUUAUUAUAUAAACACUGUCACAGAGUCAAGUCACUGAAGAUGAUAUCACAAUACAGGAAUGUAAAGUAGAGAGUAUUCUGCAAGACAGGACAUCAAAGCUUCCUCUAGUGAAACAGGUUUACCAGUUGUAUUUGUCAUAUCUGAAUCCGGGCUGCUACAAACAUUUAUUACCAUAUUUUUUUUAUUUAUUGAUUAAUCUUAAAUAUAAGAUACAAGAGCACAGUUGAAAAUGUUAAUGGAAAUAUCCCAUAGCUUAGUAAACGUAUCCCAGGAGAGCAUGUGGUGCCAUAUUGUAGUAUUGUUUGUUAAUGUCAUACUUGACCUUUGUACCAAAACUCAGAGGCGAGCACAAUGAAAAAUGGCUGUCUAGACCAGCUGUAUGAAGUUUCUCCCAGAGAAGAACUUUUGUACAAGUAAAGAUUAGAAAGUCUAGAGUAUUUUGUCAGUUUAAUAUUUUAUAGAAAGUAUUUUUCUGUGAGAAAUCAGUGAUGGUCUAAUAGAAGACUAGAUCCCAAGGAAUAACAUAACUCAAAAUGAACUUGUGAUGCUUCUUUUCUUGAUAUAUAUUUUUUCAAGAACUGAUUUUUACUUAUAGGUUUUUUCUCAAAUCCCUGUUUGAUAUUGCAGUAAUGGGCUCUAUACAUCGAUCAACUACUUCCUGAAAUUAAAGCAGCUUCUUUAUUUCCUGUCUUACAUUAUUGGUCAAACUGAUUAAUCCAGGUGUGUCUGAGCAGUCACACUGAUUAGUCACACCUGGAUUAAUCAGUUUGUCCAAUGUUCUGAAAAAGGAAAUAAAGUUUAGGAAGUAGUGGAGCUGUGCGUAGAGCCCAUUAUCAAUCAGUCCUACAUGUUCCAAUUUAUUCUGAGUCCACUGGAGGGGGCUAGAUCCCCACUAACUGCCCUGUACUCAUUUGUUUAUCAGCCACGUUAAGACCACCAGUUGAUCAAAGAGUAUUUGAGGACAUCAGCUGAAUUUCUUGUGAGCUGUUAAUCAUCUUUAUUAAAGUAAAACCUGCGUGAAAACAUUCAGCAGACAGCAAGUGUGAGCUUCACACUCAGAUCUACCUCAGAACAAAGACUUGCCUCGGCCUGUCUCUGUUUUCUUUCUUUUCUAUUGCUGCUCGGUUUUGUGUUUACCAAGCAGCUCUAUCUAUCACUACCGUGUGCGCAUGAUAAGAGACAGGCAGUCAACAUUAGCUAAUAACAUCUUGUUUCAACAAGUACUAAAGAGCUGAAAUUGGUACACGGGCUGAUAUGUACUCACUUCAUUCCCUUUUAGUAUUUUCAAUCACUGUUUUUAGAAGAUAACUCUUGUGUGGCCACAGUUUGUAUUAGAUCAGUCAAGCUACAUGUGAAGAAAGGACUUUUUUAGUAGCUCUGUUGUAAAACCUUCUUUGCUCUCUUCUUUUUCAGCUACAUGAGUAAUCUGGACCGCAUCUCAGCCCAAGAGUACGUCCCCACCGAGCAGGAUGUGUUACGAGUCCGGUUCCCCACAACGGGCAUCCAUGAUUACUCCUUCACUGUAAAGAACAUCACGCUAAGGUGGCCGCUCUCUAACCUGUCAGAGGGAUGAAUCUAAUACCAACACUAUUCAGACUGCACUGUGAAAAACUACCUUUGACUGUCUCGCUGAGGCUUUGUCUGCUCAUACCUGCUGGAACACUUGAGGAUCAGAUUUCUCAUGUUGUCUGUACAAAGCCCUCGGCAGGAAGUGAGGUGUUUCUCUGCUGGUUUAUUUUGAACAUCUGUCUGUAUUGUUUCUUAAAAAGACAACAAUCCACAUUCACUUAAAGGGAACAGUGUGUCCCAAAAUGACAUGUUACGUGGCAUGAAAUUGUCCGGCUUAGCUGAGAAUCAAAACAGACUGUAGAAAAGUUUCAUCUGAAGAAGUGAGCGAUCUUUACUUGGUAUCGGUCAAGUCUGCCAUAUUUUGGGUGUGUAGAUGUUUUCUUAUGAACAUGCUUGUUCUUAUUUUCUGUCUUCACAUUAAUCUGUGAUUGGAGUGUUUCCUCCUCUGUGAAAGCUUGUGACAUGUUGUUAGCGUCAGAUAUGGGUUAUUUCUUGAUCAAGCAGCUUCAGUUUAUUAAUAGCAGUGUGAGCGCGAGAGCAGUGCGUAGGGGUGGCUCUGUUCUCAAACUCAAACAAAUUGAAGCUUUUUUCAUUGCGCCGCAACACCAAUGACUAUUAGCUUUUACGUUCAAGUAGCCAAUAAACUUACAGUAGCUUGUUCCUGAUCUGCGCAGAAUUGCUCAUAGUGUUUUUUCCUUUUUAACUCUUCCCUCCUUCCCUGACAGAAUCGUGGACGUUGGCGGUCAGAAGUCAGAGCGUCGGAAGUGGAUUCACUGCUUUGAAAACGUCACCUCCCUCAUCUUCUUAGCCUCCCUCAGUGAGUACGACCAGGUCCUGGAGGAGAGAGAAACCAUCGUAAGUUGCGGUGUUUGUAUGUUUUUCCAAAGAUUUUGUUCAUGUGUCUGUCUUGUAAACUAAAAGAAAGCCAGUCUGAUCAAUAGGGUUUUAAAGCUCCUAUGAGGAGUCAUAAAUGUCUAAUCUGGACAAAGGAGAAAAAAGAUUGAACGGUUGCUAGUGGUCCAAAGUCCUCUUUUCAGAUAAAAGCACAUUUGCAUUUCAUUUAUGAAAUCAAGGUCCAAGAGUCUAGAGGAAGAAUAGAAGGGCAAAGGACCCUGGGGUUUGAAGUCCAAAGUCUGUGGUAUUGGGGUCCCAUGCUAUUUGCUGGUGUUGGUCCACUUAAUUGUUCAAGUCUAAAGCACACACAGCCAUGUCCACACAUGGACAUUUUGGAGCACUUCAUGCUUGUAUUUGAUGACAAGUUGUUUGGAGACACUGGUUCCCUUUUUUGCAAGACUUGACACCUGCCCAGAGUGCCAAAACUACUACCAAAUGGCUUUCUGACCAUCAGGAUUAGCCAGAUAACUCACUUUACCUAAACUCCAUGAAGAAUCUGGCCAAAAAUUACCAACCAGCUCAAGACCGCUGGUAAAGCAACCUUCGAUUAUGAUCACCUACUGUACAAACCAUGCUGCAGUUUUUCUGAGCUGCACUUGGGAACAGGCUUGUGCCCAUGCCAGCUUUAACAGGCAUUAUGUUUAACAAUUAAAUGGUUCAUAUACAGAAUAUACUGUUCAGAAAUUAAGUAAAUUUAGUUGUUGAUAUUAAUAGUAGAGUAAAAAGUCAGUUAUAUAAAUAAAGGUGGUUUAGUUUUGAGUUUUGUGCUUAUCCAUCCUUGAACCGUCUGCUCAUCUUUGUCAUUGUUAUUGUCAUUUCAUUUGCCCACCAGCAGGUUUCACUCUUGCACAAGAAUCCCCCCUCCCCUCCUCAGUCUUCUCCCACUCAUCCUGUUAUCGCUCCCAGUCGCUUUUCAGUCUGCCAACACAUUCAUUAACCUCCACAGUGACCCAUGUGCUCCAUACACCCCCACACCCCCCUUUAAAACCUCACAUUAUCCUCAGCCAUCCAGAUCUGUCUCACCAAACUUGAGUUUGUUUCUCUUCAAGUCACAAUCAUCCUUCAGAAUCUCAUUUUUGUAAUCCUUUUUUUAACAACAACAGUUUCUCCCCUCCCUGUAUUGAGCUGAGGGGUUCAGCCUCACAUAUCUGUUUCUUUCUCUCUGCAGAACCGGAUGCACGAGAGUCUGGCUCUGUUUUACACCACCAUCCACUCUCUAUGGUUCCUCAACACUUCUAUCAUCCUCUUCCUCAACAAGACUGACAUCCUGGCUGACAAAAUACAAACCUCUGACCUGCAGAAAUACUUCCCAAGCUUUACUGGUAAGAUCUGGAUCUCUGUGUGUGCUUGUUUUGAAUUUAUAUUGAGGUUAAAGUGCAGGAAACCACAAAGAGCAACUAACAUAAUUUAAUUUGUAGGAUUAAGAAAUUACAUUAAAAUGACCUGUAAAUUUCUUGUUUAAGCCUUAAAACUUACUUACAAGUACAUAAACUUUGACUCUUCUUUGUAGUAAGUAUAAAUAUGUAAAUAAAUGUUGCCAUGCUAACAUGGUCUGGUGAGAUGAUUUGUUUUACUGAAUACUUCUUCACAUCAAUAUGUUUCCACUCCUACUGUAAGCAUCCUGUCAUGAUCAGUGUUGUGCUAGUUACUGAAAAAUAGUAACUAGUUACAGUUAAUGUGUUACUGAGAAAGUAACUAUUUAAUUACUGUAAAGUGUUCUCCUAGUGCUCCCAUUACAUAAAGGUGGAUUGAUUAAGUUCCCCUCUAGCCGUCAUUUCAGCUCUGUACUGAUGCUGAAUAAAGCGAGCCGUCAAUUAAAAUAAUCCUUUCAAUUCAUUUGCAUCAACGCCACUGAAUCUAAUCAACCAAGCAAAAUUAUCCGUGGUGCACCAACACAAACCUUGACACUAACACCUAAAUUUUAUCAUUGGACUCUUGGAAUAAUAGCCUGAUAGUGCUAAAGGGGAUCCAAAUAAACAAUUAAACAUACCGUACAACUGGUACAACUUGUCGGCCAGUUUUUAUCAUUACCAGUGUUUAGCUUUUGUAUGUGUGUAUGUGUGCUUGGCUGUAAAAGUGUCAUGAGGUUGCAGUUAUGUAACUUAGGUAACAAGUUAAGCUCCAGCUUUAUCUUUGCUGGGGCUCAAAGGAGGGCUGACAGUUGGAAAGUAAAGCAGGAUCCAGAGGUGGGGCCCGAAAAGUUCUGUCCACAGAUGUGUUUUCUCAUCACAGCAUGGAUAGAGUCAUGGGUUUAUCCACGGUGGUUACGGUGCUAUUUUCUUCUGCCAAAUUCGUGGUUUGUUUGCAGCUUUUGCAGGAUCUCCUUGUAUCCUGUCCAGAUGGAAGUGCAGUUUUAUUUUCAAAAAACCAUUUAAAAAAUGAUUUCAGUGAUGGUGAGCUUUCUGUCUCCACACACUCAUACACACACACAUGUGAAAAUGAGUCACUUCCUGGUACUUGGUGUGCUUAAUGAUGUGGCUGCAGCUCGGCUGGUAUGAACGGCUGCAGAGCAUUGCCCUAACAGUUCUUACCUCCAGCGACCCCCCCCCCCACAACCCUUCAUCACCACCCUCUCUUCCUGUUACCCAUGGCAACCACAGAGAGAUGCUUCGCUUCCUGCAAGCCCUGCAACCCCCACAAACCUCCGGGGGUACAUCUGUGAAGGUUGUGUGUGUAUGCAGGGUGGGAGUUAGAGACUGCAAGCACUUACCUGUGUGUUUCCCUUUAUGCGCACAUGUAUAUGUGUGUGUAUACCGCCUGUUUCACCAUCAGCAUUAGCAGGGUGAAAUAAUGACUCAUACGGCGUCAGGCGCUUUGAUGCCAAUUUAACCUUAAUGACAACUCUAUAGAGUUCCUAUCCUGGCUGCUAUGUGCUGCUAAUGCUGCCUUACUUCUUUGUGGCCAUUGCGAUGCUACUGGAGCUACAUUGGAAGGCUGUUGUUGUUUUUUUAUUAGCCCUGCACUCAUGCAACAUGUUGAUGAGGAGACAAAUUUAAUUAGUUUACUUAAAGAUAACUUAAUUGACAAAGAACUAAUUGUGUUGUUAAGGAAGCGACACAACCCUUAGGCUGUCUUUUUUUUCCCCAGUUUGAUUUAAGGCUGCAAUUACUUAUUUUCUUAACUAAUAGUUUUGUCUAUAACAGAGUAUUUAAUGUUGUUAGCUGUGGGCCAAGGCAUGAAAAAAGUACUUUGUUUGGCUGCUUAGAGAGAUACUCUGCAAUUUGAUCCUGGGAUUGCUUGAUGGUGUUACAAAGAUAGCCAAAUAUCGCUUUUUGACAUAACUAUAGACAACACCAAAGGCCUUGAUAAGAAAGUCUGCAACCUACUAUAAUUUACUCACAUUUAAUCUGUUCUGUGAAACAUAGUUUAGUUAAGUUCUUAAUCUUUCAAUUUAUUUCACCUCCACACACACAUGAAGACACUUCAGAACAGUUUGACCCCCUCCCUUGAGAUAAUCCAUAUCAGUGACUUACUGUUUUUGAUCAGCAGUCCCAAAACUUGUAGAUGUUUGAUUUACUGAGUCUGGCAUCGAAUUCUGACUGAAGAGAAAAUGGCAUAAUCAGAUGCAGUCCUUUUAUAUAUAAAACAUUAAAUCAGUAGCUACUAACUAUCAAAUAUGUCAAUAUUUCUUUAAAGACCCACUCCGGUGAAAACCACGUUUUUUCUUGUCUACUUAUUCAUAUGGCAUUUUUCUGAUGCUAGAGGACACAUCAAGAGAAAACUAAGAGCAAAAUUAAAUUUUUGAGUAUUUCUGCAUUCAAAUCGCUGUGAAUCUCUGGCAGACCAAAAUGGCAGGCUCAGAGACAGUGAGAUUUCCUACAUCACAACUCCAAGCUCCGCCCCCAGAGCUCCGCUAUGCAGGCCAGACAGAGAGAAGUAGAGAGGACAAUUGCAGAACAAGCGUGUGCGGUAGCGGAUUGCUAUCCGCGUAAGAAAGCUAAUUAUGAUAUUAGCUUUUAUCAUGUCCCUGAAGACAUUAGCAUCGAAGAGCAGAAUAGCUCCUAUGUUACCUGCUACUUGACAGAAAUUGUAGCUGAAGUCUAUCCUAAUCACUCGUGUCUUUCUCCUCUGUCCUAGGUAACAGGAGAGACCCGGAGGACGCAAAAGGCUACAUAUGCAAACUGUACACACAGCAGGCCAUUAACCGAGACAAAAAAGAGGAGUUUAAGACCCUGUAUCCGCACUUCACCUGUGCCACAGACACCAACAACAUCCGCACGGUCUUCAGCGACGUCAAGGACACAGUUCUGCUGAAGUCUCUCAGGGAUUACGGAGUCAUGUGAACUUUAAUUCAAAGUUGGAAACUAAGAAGACUUCAGCAGAUCUUGUACUUGUUCGGACUGUUUAAUAGUACCUGUGGAGCUCCAAUGAAGGCCACAAUGCUGAACUGUUCCCUGGGAAAAAGGCGUCAUGACAAUCCGGCCAUCCUUUAUCCUUCUGCUUUUUUGCUUUAUAAGGUCUUAAUGGAGAAAAUGGGGGAGGUUAUACCGAUCUCUCACCUUUUGCAUCAGUACUGCCCUCUCCUCUCUUACCCUUAAGUACAAACAUGAAGAUGUCGAGGGAGAACUGGAGCAGCAACAAGACUGAGUGACUGAAGUGCUGUUCUGCCAUUAACAGAGUAAUGACUUUUACAAGUGGACACAGGGUCAUGCUUUGGUACACCAACUCUGCU